AUGGAAAGUUCUAACAGUAGCAAUUGUGCAGCAGAACUAGAAACCAUAGCCACAUUAUCAAGAAAAGAACUGACAGUUCCCGAAAUGGGUCAAGAAUCUAACAAAGCAACCAUUCGCCUCGUUCGGCACCCGGAGAGCCACAGAAGAAGCAUAAAAACCAGAACCCAUGUGAAAAACAUCUGCGGCGGAGGCGACGGAAGUAGUGGUGGCGGAGAAGACUCCGAUGAGAAAGCUGAGGUUGAGGAAAAGAUAGUGGCAUUGCAGAAAAUAGUCCCGGGAGGCGGGUCUCUUUGUGCAGAAAAACUUUUUGAAGAAACUGCUGAAUACAUAUUGACAUUGCAAUGCCAAAUUAAAGUCUUGAGAUUUCUUGCUUCUUUUGUUGAAGUUCCUGAGAUAGAGAAGAGAAAGCUCGGUGGUUAG